UACUUGCUAUAGCGAAGAAAGAUUAAAUACUUGAUAAGAUGAUAAGCGCGUAUCUCAUAAUAAAUAAACAACUCACAAGACGCCCUCUGAACAUUUUCGUAUAAUAGCAGAAAGACUGUUGCUUCUGGAACUGCUAUAGCGAAGUAAGUUUAAAUACUUGCUAUAGCGAAGUAAGAUUAAAUACUUGAUAAGAUGAUAAGCGCGUAUCUCAUAAUAAAUAAACAACUCACAAGACGCCCUCUGAACAUUUUCGUAUAAUAGCAGAAAGACUGUUGCUUCUGGAACUGCUAUAGCGAAGUAAGUUUAAAUACUUGCUAUAGCGAAGAAAGAUUAAAUACUUGAUAAGAUGAUAAGCGCGUAUCUCAUAAUAAAUAAACAACUCACAAGACGCCCUCUGAACAUUUUCGUAUAAUAGCAGAAAGACUGUUGCUUCUGGAACUGCUAUAGCGAAGUUAUUACUUCAACAAAAUGUCCGAAGAAGAUGCAAGCAAGAAAUGUGACAUACAGAUCAUUAGAGGUCUUCCUUUCCCAGCAGUCUCAUGGUUUCAUAAACAAAAUAUCGAAGAAGCAUUAGAUUAUAUCCCUGAGGAUGAAGACAUCAUUAUUGCUUCAUAUCCUAAAACAGGAACCACAUGGCUUCAGUAUAUUGUCUUACAAAUACUUUCAAAUGGUGAUUCCUUCCCCACUUUCGACGACAUCUUAUACCGUGUUGUCCCAUUUGUGGAGAUGACAGGAAUUGGAGCUGUGAAGGCCUUGGAGAAGCCUCGAGUGUACAAGCACCAUAUUCCAUACAAUAUGGUACAAAAAAAUCCCAAAUCGAAAUAUCUUUAUAUUUAUCGAAACCCUGAGGAUACUUUGGUGUCUUACUUUUAUUUUAUGCAAGAUCUUAGGAAAACUGAAUUGGAUUUCAAUGAAUUUUUUGAGCAGUUUCUCAGUGGAAAUAUAGGAUAUGGACGUUACUUUGAGCAUAUUCUCUCCUUCCUAGAACAUAAAGAUGACGAGAAUUUGUUACUUAUAUCAUAUGAAAAAUUACACAAGAACAGGAGAAAAGAAAUUUUAAGAAUAGCAAAGUUUCUUGGGGAAAAUUACUUUCAACAACUCCUGGAAAAUGAAUCAAUAAUAAAUAAAAUAAUUGAACAUACUAGUUUUGACUACAUGAAGAAAAAUCUAUGCUUGACCCACCCAGCAGAAAAGGAAAAAGGCGAAACUGCAAGUACAGUUGCAUGUUUUAGGAAAGGGAUUGUUGGUGAUGGAAGAAACGUGCUAUCAGCUGAACAGCAGAAAAGACUAAGAGAAUUGACGGAAAAAAUUAUGGCUGGAACUAACGUAAUAAAAGAAUGGCUGGAAGAAUAACAAUGAACAAUUAUGGGGGCAUCCUUUACUUCACUAGAAGAAUAAAUCCCGCUACAAGUUGAAUUUAAACUAGUAUUUAAUAUAAAAGUUUUUUUUAAAAAAAAAGUAUAUUUAUGAACUUGAGGUAUAUUCUUGAAAAACGUUAAUAUGGUUUGCAGUAAACAAAUAACAAACAAAAUCAGAGAGUACAUAUAUCAAAUUAAUAGCUUUCGUCUUUAUUAUUUGCAGGAGAAGAAGAACUAUAAAUAUGCCCACAACUUAAAGAAAUCACAUUGCAAAUAUAAAUUUAUAAAUAAACUGUAUUAUAAUAUUAAAUUGAAUAAAAUUUGAGUUGAAAAUUAAA